GGGUUUCUUCUCUUCUUUCUUUAUUUCAGAGCUUCUCCGUCUCUUCUUUCCGUCGAGCUUCGGCCCUCCUUUCCAGUUUCAACAUCUCACUGGCAUAGCCAUCUUCAGCAGGGUUGAAUCCGCUGAAAUGGCUACAGUACCUGAGCAGUUGUUGUGGGAGAUCGUGAAGAAGAACAACUCUUUUGUGGCCAGACAGUCCGGCAGUGGCACUGCCACUGUCGUCUUCAGCAAGGAACCUAACAAUCUCUACAAUCUUCACUCCUACAAGCACUCUGGUUUGGCAAACAAGAAAACUGUUACCAUUCAAGGGGGGAAAGAUCUAACCGUGACUCUCGGUACCACCAAGACCAAGAAGCAGAACAAACCUGCUAGUGUGUUAAACAAGUCUGUCAUGAAGAAGGAGUUCCACCGAAUGGCCAAGGCUGUUACCAAUCAGGUUGCCGACAACUAUUAUAGGCCAGACUUGAAAAAGGUGGCUCUCGCAAGGUUGAGUGUCGUUCACAGAAGCCUUAAGGUUGCCAGAUCUGGUCCCAAGAAGAGGAACAGGCAGGCCUGAGGCAUUUCAAUGUCCUUAGCAAUGUGGGAUUUUCCUUCCAUUUUCUCCUUUCAAUUAUCAUUUUAUCUGAUGUCUCGUGUCUCAAACAUUUACAGUAUUUUGUAUCUUUACUUGUUGAUUGAUAUGAGCUUUAUUUUAAAUAUCGAGAUUUUGAACACAAGAGAGUUUCCUUUCCCUCUUGCUUAUUGAUAACAUUGCCAAUUAUCAUGGGUUUUUUUGGGUCUGGAAUUGGAAUUAAUUUAUAAAAUUUGU